AUGCUAGGUAACAAAACAGUAGAGGUCAACUGCGGCGCUCUUGAUACAUAUCUACAGAAGAAUGAACAGUCCAUGGAUAAAAAGAAUGAGAUGUGUCUACAGGCGGCUUGGGGACUUGAGUAUCUUCACGCGAAGAAUGUUCUCCACAGGGAUAUUGCUGCUCGCAAUUGCUUGUACGGAGACAAUAAGGUAAAAAUCUCCGAUUUUGGUUUGACACGUGAAGGGACGGUUUACCAAAUGGAUCCACAUAAACGAGUUCCUAUACGAUGGCUCGCACCCGAAACUUUAAAAAUGGCUAUCUAUACGCAAAAAACAGACGUAUUCAGCUAUGGGAUUAUGUGUUGGGAAAUCUACAACAAUGGUAUCGAACCUUAUCCUGGUAUGACAGUCGCAGAAGUUAACCAGAAUCCGUUCAUAAUGUCUAGCUGUCCAGAAGCGCGUCCUUGGAUCCUUUAA